GGCCUAUCUCCACAAAAUCAGUAGCGCUGGUUUUAACAGUGGUGUUGCUUAUACUCCUCCGAAGGUGUUUUUGUCAUUCAUUUCAAUUUAGUCGGGGUAACUGUGUAUGAACUGAUAGAUUUUUGUAGUCACGCCCCAGGAUGAUAAAACAUUUUAUCGUGAGAUAACACUUUCGUCCAUUAUUUCGCGACAUGGUGCUGAAUAUCCUUAGUCUCCCAAUUUUGGGUAAAGUUUGACCCAUUUUGUGGAAAUUUCGGAGAAACCUCUAUAGAAAAGUUUUGGAAAAUGGCAUUAAAAUCUCAAUAUUACCUCUUAACAUUGAUGAGGGUCAUUUGGCUUUGGGGAUCUACUUAAAAUUUCACCAAACUUGGGAAAUUGGGUUGUCGUCGAAGACAACUCUCAACGUCACGUUGAACUCACUGUUAGAUAUAAAAAUGUUCAUUAGAAUGCGUACAUUAUAAAUGUAAAUACUUGAAAUAUCUAAAGUAUCUUCUACCUCAACAAAUGUACGACGAUGGUUUCAAGGACGUACCUAACAUAGAUUCUACGCGGUUUUGUGAAAUUAAUGUUACAACCUACUCACAAUUGUGAGUAGGUUGAGUGUUCAGAUUCACGUUUGUUUAUUAAGGAUUAAAGCCCAGCCUCCUGUGUUUAUUCUUUUCCGACAAGCUCCUGUGAGUUUCUAGUCUUUCCACGAGCUGGAGGUGCGAACAACACUUCUUCAGGUAGCAGAUCCUAAGAGUUGGUAGUUUGAAACAGUACAACAUCCAAUAAACUACAAAAUGAAAUUUGGUGAUGUUGAACAAGAUUGGUUGUUUUAUCUUGCCCAACCAAAUAAAUUAUUAUCGGAUAUUGAGGGUCUAACUAUAUCACAUCAGUUGGAGUUGCUUAAACAAUCCUUAUCACAGGCUGAAAUAAGUGAAAGAAAAACUAGUCUCACUAAUUGUGAAAAUAAUUCAGUGGACAACUUCAUCGGAGAAAAUGAAACUAUGAAUCCUGAUGACAUAUUUGUCGAGUCGUCUAGGUUAUUCAAAAAGUCAAAAGUUUUGGAUAUAAUGUCCUUACAGAUUGCUGCUAAUCUAAAAUUCAAUCUAAAUCUUUUUCGAGUCAUAUCAGAAAUGCCCAUUAAGCUUCUUGCACGUCUCUAUAGAGUGCUCGUCAUGAGUACUUCAAAAUUUUCAUCAGUUUUACAACCUCUGUUUGAAAAUGCGAUAAAUAAAGAAAAUAUUUUCAUUAUAAAUCCUUACGGAUACUAUAGAUGGUCUCAGUUAAAUCCUAUGACAAUUUAUGGUUUAAUGUCUUACCAUAUAUGGUGCCUUCAUGUAUCUCAUACAUCCAGUAUGCUGCCACAUCCCUUUCGAAAUCUUACUCCUAUUGUUUCUGGUUUAACUGAAAUUCCUGAGGUGGCGUUUUUUGCGGAUAAUCGCGUGGAAGUUGGCGUUGUUCUCACUCGCAUACAAGAGUCUGUAAAUCAGCUAAACGAAAUCAACAGUCUUUUGGAUGAUCUCAACAUAGCUAGACCUCUUCCUUCAGUGUUUUCAGCGCUGAAUUCCAUGUUUCCUACAGUUUUUGAACCAAAGAUUAAGUCUGCUCAGGAUGAUCAGAACCAUAACGGUCUAUCAGAUUUUGUUCUUAAUAACUCUAUACCUCUCUCUAAAAGCUAUCUUUCUGCAUCGCUUAACUUUGUACUCGGAAGGUAUGCCUUUCAGCAGCAACAGUUUACUCAAUCACAGAAACUUUUUCAAAUCGCUUAUGAUGAAAUGCAAGAUCAAAAGUUUGAAUAUUUAGAUGAAGCAGGAGCUACACCGAAAUUACUACAGGCUUAUUUAAGUGCUUGCAAAUCAUACACAUCUUCAGACUGUAUUGCAAACGAAUUUUCACUUUUCCAGUCUGACAAUCAAUUUUUAGAAACAUUUUGUCGUUUAUUAGAAGUAAAUACAUCAGAUUCUCAUCAUAAAGAUUCAAUCAAUAUAUUUUGGAUUCAACCAUUAGAUACAUCUAGUACAACAUCCGUCAAUAUGGAAUCUAAAGUUUGUAGUGGAUUACUUACUACCAUAGAAGAUCAUCUUUAUCAAGUUUUACUGAAUGUGGACCAAUUUUUCAUUGAUGAUUCAUCUAAUCCAUAUAUUCCAAUUAGUUUAGGAGUUCGUAAUAAAUUAGAAAGUUUGUGCUUAAAACAACUGCAUAAUUGUAUUAGUUUACUUGAUAAUACAAACGAUACUGCACGAAAUAUGCCUUCUACAAAACAAUCAAAGCAUACUAAGAAGUUAUUAUCAAAUGAUAAAAUGUCAAUUUUUAACGCAGUUCAUCAACUAUUCACUAAGGUACAUAUAUGUAAUACGGUUGACCGACUAAUGUUUGAAUCUAUAGAACUGCCACUUUCAUUAUCAACUGAAUUGUUAAUGAAUAUUCCGGAGAGAAAUUUUGAAAGUUCAACAAAAAAAGAACACAGGUCAUCGUCUUCAUUGUCUUCAUCAUCAUCAUUUUCUCCUCCAUUUAUCGAUGUAAUAAUUGGACGAGAAUUUCUGUUUGAUUGUUUAACUUCUAUAAUGGAAAAGCUGUCUACUAAAAAUUCGAACUUAUCAUCUUCAUCUCAAUUUAUUGUUAUAUGUCAAUAUGUAAGAUAUUUGGUUCAAGAAGGGAUUUGUUUACUUGGUAAUUUAGUGCAUAAACCACUUCCUAAAUCGAAUUAUGAGUUAAAUUCAGUACAAAAGAAUUAUCAAGAUUUAUUAAAAACACUUGUAUCACACAAAUUGAUGGAUUUCUUACCAGAAUCUUGCGGAAAAUAUAUCCAGUCUAUUUUCCAAGCAGUAAAUUCUGGAAGUUCGUCGGAAACGGAAGUAAACUCCAACCCUAUUUGUGCCUUUAUUCCUGACCUUCUUUCUGACCUACCUAAUCUAGAUAUUGAUCUUGAUUCGAACUUAUAUCAAAUUGAUUCGGAUGGCUUAAAUUCUCUGGGACUUGGAUUCUGGACAGACUAUGAGGUAUAUCAAAAUACUGCAUCGUUCAGACAACAGGUACCCAGAGGCGGAUCCCCAUUUGGGAUUGUUGGUGAUGUGGAUAUGCGCAGCUUGGCUAAUCAGCAUCAGUCUCCAUCAACAUCAUUUCCUCAUAUGUCUAUUCCACAAUCCCGUGUAACUGGUGGACAUGGACCUUUUGUUCAUCAAUCACUUCAAACUUUUACUAGAGAAAAUCCACUUGUAUGCGAUCUUCAAGUAAUACGUCAUCUUUUAAUAACAAGAAAUCCAACUGAUGUAAAUAUGUCAGUCGAUUAUCUAUUAAGGUCAGGUAUGACACCAAAUGGAAUUUUAGAAUUAAAUGGUUCGUGGCUCCCAUCUUUACAUUAUUUAGCUUCACUGGAGAUAGUCGGACCACAUCCUAUCAAUGAGAACAGUUCAACCAAUCCAAUCGAUUUAUUGCUAUCAUCAUCCGGAAAUAUUAUGUGGGGGAUUACAGUAUUAAUACAAUUGGCUAAAGGUUCAUCCAUAAUUCGUCAUGAAAUGUCACCAUUCACAGGAGCUAGGGCUUUUCUAAUUGCUGCUUUAAAUAAUCUGGCGUCAAUUAAUCCUAUCGUACCGCCUCCAUCGUCAUCAUCUGUUAAUCAUGUUACAACAACAUCCGGUCAUGUAGUUGGAAAACAAUCACGUCCGUGCGAUGCUUUUCAAUGGAUUCGUGCUGGUAUCAGACAUGAAUUAUUAUUGGUUGACUUACUGGAAUUCUUGAAUCCAUCUUCAUUUAAUAAUUUCGGUGGAAAUAAUAAUCAGUCACAUUCAAUUACAAAAUCAACUCUUCAUCCUGGACAAGUAUCAUUAAAUGAUCUAAUUAGACGAGUUAAAAUUUGUCUGUGUUAUGCUGCUGGUUUAUCAUCAAAUGCGAAUUCUUUAGAAACAAAAAUGGAAUCCAUGAACUUGAUUGCUUUGUCUAAGGAGUUAAUUGCUGCAGCCACUUGUUUCUUGUUAAUGGUCAAAGAAUGUGAUUUCUUGUAUCCCAUGUCAAUUCCAUCAAAAUCUAUUUCACUACCUUCCGGAAGUAUUUCAUUUUGUGUCGCAUGUGCUGGUUCCUUAGAUUUAAUACGUAUUCUUUUACAUUUUCAUGAAGUAUUACAUUCAUCAUCAGUGUCUCAUGAAAGUUCCAAUUCAACAACCACAUCAUCAUCAUCAUCAACAACAACAACAACAAACUCCCAUGUAAAUUCAGAGAAACAAAAUUCUAACCAUUCAAUCAAAAACAUUUUAAGCGCUACCGUUAAAUUUGGUAAUGCAGAUAGACUAAAAACUGUUAUAAAUGAAUUUUAUGGAUUAAUUAUUCAUGGAUGCCUUGUCUCUGCAAAUAAUUCUAUAGAUACAAUAAAUAAUUUGGCAUUAUCUGGAUCGGAACAAUCCGUGCUACAACAACAACACCAACGUAGUUCUCGAAAUUACCAUCCAGAUACAUUAUCUAAUCGUUCUGGGAUCAGUUUGUCUAGUUUAUACAUUAUAGGUGAAAUGUUAGCAACAAUAGAUGAAAUUUCACUUUUAAUGUCUACUGUUGGACUUAAAUUUCCUUUAGAUAAUAAACGUAUACUUUCUAAUUAUUCAUUUAUUGGAUUACAAUUAUUAGAUUAUUUAAUAAUUGGGUUUGCUCAAAUUACACAUCAAAUUUGUGGAAAAUUUAAUUUACAAAUUUUAGAACAAAUAAUUAAUUGUUUUAAUACAGUUAAUAAUGUAGAAAAUAUAAAAAAUAAUGAACAAGUGAAUGAAGAUACAUUAACUACAACAAAAGGGACAACUACUACCAUCACCACCAGUGUUACUAAUACAUCUACUGAUUCACAGUCUACUACUAGAUUUCGAUCUUCUAGAUGGGAUAAACCAAAAGAUAAUUUAUCCACUACUAAAAAACAUAAUAAUAGUAAUAAACGAUAUCAUUCUGACAGUCAUGAAUGUGUGUCGUUUCUAGAUAAACAACUGUGGAUUUUAGACUUGGAAACGAAUUCUUCAAUCUGUGGGAAAUCGUUAUGUGAUCACCUGAAUUAUUUCUUAAAUUGGGGUUUAACUGCUCGACCUGAAAGGAUAGAUUGGCUUAUAUUACGUGGUGAAAUAGAAUUUUUCGUGAAAAAUUACCGUCAAGCUUUGUCAACAUAUCUCGAAUUUGGUAGCGUUGUCACGGAUGCAUUCUCAAAGAAUGUUUUAUCAGUCUUUUUUACAAAAGAGUUGGUGUUUCGUAUGAUGUGUUGUCUUCAAUAUCUCGGAUUAUUUUAUGAAAGUGUUGUUCUUUCACAAUUCGGACCAUCCUCUGAUGAAUCUCUUGUGGAUAAUGUCAUUCAAAUUAUUAAUAGUCUAGGUGAAAAUUCUAAUGGUUGGCCAAUAACUCAAAUAGAUACUUUUAGUACUGCAGUAAUAAACCAACAACCAUGUUCUUUUGAUAACAGUACUUCUGCGGAUUGUCUACGUGGAUCUUGUGGAGGUUCACUUCUUCAUACUACAUUAGAUUGUCCCGAUAGUUUAAUUCCUUAUUUAUGGAAUAUUCGUUUACUAUCAGCACUCGAACGUUCUGCUUCAAAUCGUGGUGCCCUUUUACAGUCUACCAAGUUUAAAGCUCGAAUCAAUAAUCCUGAACUCAAUGCUAACAAUCCAGAUGAAAUAUUAUUGGAAAAUAGAUGUGCUUUAAAUCUUGAAUAUCUUCGUUAUUUGUCCAACGUUUAUUUGAUUUAAUCAUACCACUUAUGUCUGCGAAUAACAGUUGUCAAUACUUUUGUACAAUUCUUUAUAUUUUGAUACUGUAAUACAGUUCUAUAAAUAUGUCGACCACACAUCUCUAGGAUUUCUGAACAGUACAUUUGGUCUGUGGAGAGAGUAAUAUGUUUUGUAGAAAAGCGAGAGGUUACACAUAGUGACCACGAUUUCAUGGCCCUUCUAUUCUAUAACGGUUAAUAUUUUUCGCGUUCACCAAUUUUGAGUGUCUCAGCAAUUAUAUGUUCAGCUUCAAAGAUAGUGUGGUAAGGAGCGAAUAUCACUACGUGUGGUCCACCAAAAAGGAAGUUCAUAGUAUCCUAAUAGCUUACACAGAUGAACGGUCGAAAUUUCCAACAGUUGCACAUGUUUCUAACUAUCAAGAGGCACUGGUUCUAUUCUUUAUGGAUGACCAGAUUAAUGAAACAAGGGACGACAGUCCAUUAUGUAGGCCAUCAAAGUCCAGUGCUUUGGUAAAAGAAAAUCGAGACAAUCAGUGAGGAAUUAUGUAGUAUCAACAAAAGAAAAAAUGAUAAUACGUCCAAAUGUGAUAAUCUCAGGCGAGCCGGCAGAUAUAGUGAAGUCGUCGAAGGGCCAAAUUUGCACUCAAGGGGAGACGAAUUGCUGUCGUGUUGAGUGAUAGGAUUUUUACGCCUACGAGAAAUGUAUCACGGUACAGGUAACUCGUUAUCAUGAGGAUGCUUAUGUCCUACAACCGACCAAUACGUUUAGACGAGCUCAAGCAACCAAUAAGCAGCAAGGACUCUGAGUUAUACACAGCUAGUUUUUUCUAGAUCCAGAGCAUAUGAAAAGCUUUGAUAAGCAUUAGUUGGCAUAAAUGAGGUCAGCGCAGAGGAUAUGUGUUGAAAUUUAACCCUAUAAAAUACGUUAAUGAGGGAGCAGUAUAUUAUGUUGUGAUAUUCUUAUAUUUAGUAGUUGGCUAGCAAGUAAACGAGAGACUCUUUAAUACAUGCAGAUAAUUAAGGUCAGCAUAAAAAUCCUGCUUCAAACCGUAUCUUUCCGAAGUUGCUCAUAUCUUUGCC